AUGGCCGAGCCGGCGCAGACGGGCGGCGUAGGGCAGGGCGGGCGGCGGGAGGAUGAGGCGGCGGUGGCGGCGCCGCCGGCGGCCGCCGCCCCCAGCUCGGAGGACUACGAGUGCAAGAUCUGCUACAACUACUUCGACCUGGAGCGGCGGGCGCCCAAGCUGCUGGAGUGCCUGCACACCUUCUGCCAGGAGUGCCUGAGCCAGCUGCACCUGCGCGCCGCGCAGCAUCCCCCCGCCGCCGGCGCCGAGCCGGGCCCGGGGCGCUCGCCCGGCGGCUCCCUGGCCUGCCCGCUCUGCCGCCACCGCACGGCGCUGCCCGACCACCGCGUCCACGGCCUCCCGGUCAACACCAAGCUGGCCGCCGCCUGCCCGCCGCAGCUGCGGGCCCGCGACCCGGUGCCGCAGGACCGCCUGCCGCCGCUGCCGCCCCGCCGCCCGCCCCGCGCCCGGGAGGCGGCGGCCGCGCUCGCCCCGCCGCCCCCCGCCCCCGCCGGGCCGCGCUCCUCGGGCGGCGGCUACGAGAGCUGCCAGAGCUGCAAGCGGGCGGCGCUGAGCGCCGGCUGCGUGUGCGUCGUCGUCUCCUUCCUCUCCAUGGUGGUGCUGCUCUUCACCGGCCUCAUCUUCGUCAACCAGUACGGCGGGGACGCCGCGCCCGGCGCCGCGGCAUCGCCGUCACCGGUGGGGCCCAUCUGCCUGUCGGUCGCCAGCAUCCUCGCCCUCUUCUCCGUCGUCGUCACAUGGCUCAUCUGCUGGCUCAAGUACCGGCCCGAGGCGGCCACCGGCGGGGCCACGGCCAACGGCUCGGCGCGGGGCCGGGCCGCCCGCAGGAGCGACACGUAG